CGAGCCCUAGCUGCCUGCUGCCCUAUUCGAUUCUUCAUUUGUGCGUGGCGAACGUCUCUGCUCAGAGAGCCAACGUCUCUGCUCAGAGAGCCAACACUUCAUUGUGGCCUUCUUCUUCGACCCUUCGAAGCCCUCUGGCCUUCGUGAGUUGGUCUUCUACACUGCGAACCAGCAGGAGCCCUUCGCGAGUUCGUCACUUCGUCAGGAACUUCGCGAGUUCAUCGUGGACAUUUUCAAACCAGAAGGAGCUCCUCGCAAGCUCGUCUUUGAGCGUUUGUGAGUUCGUGAGUUCAUUUGCGUCGAAGUUCGAAUUUGUCUACUGGAGUCCCAACCAACUCAUAAGCUUCUCUCAGCUGCAGACGAAGAGGAGCAAUUUUCCAAGUCCAGCGGCAAUCAGCAGAAGCAGUCAUCACUUUGUUUGAUGCCCAAACUUGGUUAAAAAGCGACUUUGAUGGCUUCUACAUUCUUCAGAGGGAUUCAAACUUAUGGCCUCUUAUUCUUUCCAUCAGCAUCGCUAAGGAGAACUGGUUUUUUUUAUUGUACGAUGAAAAGUACACAAACUCAUGCUAAAACCCAUGGCAAGCCACCGCCAGAGACUAAAGUCACGCAACAGUCUCAGAGCAAAACCCUUGAUAGAUUCUCACAAGAUUAUGAAGCAGUUAUUGGUAUAGAAACACAUGUUCAGCUCUCCACUCUCACCAAGGCUUUUUGUAGCUGCCCGUACAAUUAUGGGUCUCCACCAAACACCACUGUUUGUCCCAUUUGCAUGGGUCUGCCUGGCGCAUUGCCAGUUUUGAAUUCAAAGGUCAUUGAGUAUGCAGUGAAAGUCGGUCUUGCUCUCAAUUGUCAUUUGUCUCUCAACUCAAAGUUUGAUAGGAAGCAGUACUUCUAUCCAGACCUUCCAAAGGGUUAUCAAAUUUCUCAGUUUGAUCUCCCAGUUGCAACUAGUGGUUUUAUUGAUUUGGAUUUGCCAGUUGAGUUUGGUGGUGGGCAUAGAAGGUUUGGAAUAACCAGAGUUCAUAUGGAGGAGGAUGCUGGAAAGCUACUUCAUUCAGGAAAUGAGAGUCACUCCCAGGUUGAUUUGAAUAGAGCAGGGGUACCUUUGCUUGAGAUUGUUUCAGAACCUGAUAUGCGAACUGGUAUUGAAGCUGCAGAGUAUGCUGCAGAGUUGCAGAGAUUGGUUCGAUAUUUGGGAGUGAGUAAUGGCAAUAUGCAAGAAGGUUCACUUCGUUGUGAUGUGAAUGUCUCAGUUCGACCGCUUGGACAGUCAGAGUAUGGGACAAAGGUUGAGAUAAAGAACUUGAACUCGUUUUCAUCAAUAAACAGGGCAAUUGAUUUUGAGAUCUCGAGGCAGGUUUCUCUGUAUGGUCAUGGUCAGGGUGAUCAAGUUGUUCAGGAAACUCGACUCUGGGAAGAGGCUGCUCAGAAAACAAUUACAAUGAGAAAAAAGGAAGGCCUUUCUGAUUAUCGAUAUUUCCCAGAGCCAGACCUUCCAGAAGUUGUUCUCACUAAAGAAUAUGUGGAUAUUAUUCGGGAUUUUUUACCAGAACUUCCAGAAAUGAAGCGCCGACGGUAUGAGAAAAUGGGCCUAAGCAUGCAAGACAUACUUUUCCUCACCAAUGAUACAAGUGUUGCAGAUUUUUUUGAUGCGACUGUUGGAAAGGGUGCUGAUGUGAAGCUGGCUACCAAUUGGAUAAUGGGUGAUAUUGCUGCCUACAUGAAAAAUGAAAAGGUGUCUAUAAAUGAGGUUAAGCUUAGCCCUCAAGAGCUGGCGGAGCUGAUAGCUUCCAUAAAAGGUGGUACCAUUAGUGGAAAGAUUGGGAAAGAGAUACUGUUUGAGUUAUUGGCCAAAGGGGGAACUGUCAAGGGAUUAAUUGAAGAAAAGGAUUUAGUUCAGAUUGUAGACCCUGCUGUGAUUGGGAAAAUGAUAGAUAAAGUGCUUGUGGAGAACCCAAAGCAGCGGCAGCAGUAUCGCAAUGGAAAGACAAAGCUUCAAGGAUACUUUACUGGCCAGGUAAUGAAAGAAUCAAAGGGUAAGGCAAAUCCAGGCCUGCUGAGCAAGAUCCUUUUAGAGAAAUUAAAUGCUGGCAGCUGAUAAUUUGGAAUGCAGACUGCUGCUAUGCUGGCAAUGUGAUUUUGCUGACACAGCAGUCUGAAGAGUUGGUGACAAUGAGCCACAUUGCAUCUGGUAGCCAGCAAAAUUGGUAGACUGCACAUGAGAGAUGCCAACAGCUUCCUUUAUUGAAUGGGUGUAGCUUGCUACAGCAACAUAUUGGUUGCGAGCCAUGCAAAAUGUGGAAGAGCUGUCUAAUACAGGGUGACAUUGAUUACCUUUCCCAUUUUAUUCUUCUUGAUGCUAUUUUGUUAGCUUUAGAUGGUUGCCAGUCCCACUGAUCAUGAGUUAAAAUUUAUCGUCAUCAUAUGAUGUUUAUUUGUAUCUUCUAGGUUUAGCAAUUGAAACUCUUUUUCAGCUUUGGCUGGUUAAUCUGGUGUAUUGAAUAUGGCCCCUUACAUACUACAUGAUUGUAAUUACAUUGUAAUAAUUACCCACUGUACCGUGUUUAAUUAUUUUAUAUAUUAGCCAUUUUUUUAUUUAA